AAAAAUUAUUUUAUACACUUUGGUUCAAGUUGACAUAACAUGAAUUACAAUAAUUUUUAAUAUCUAUUUGUCUUCUAGCUGGUUGUCCUCUUUUUACAGGUACCCCCGUACCCCUCCGCCCAGUCUUUGAGUCAGGAUCUUUACAUUUAUUGUAUAAAACUUUGCUGGAUAAUUGUUGAAUGUGCCUUUUUUGACCUGUGUGAAGCCCAUCAAAUUCUACCAAGAGAAAGAAAUUUUUGUGCUUUAAACUUUGUGUAUUCAUUAUCCACAUAUAUUUCCCUCCUCUAAAUUAAAAAUAUGUCCUCUUUGGAGUUCAUCUCUCUUUGUGGUAAAAACAUAAAAACAACAGUAAUAACUGGUAUACAUUUGAUAAUUGACAGUGUGUUCCAUAGAAAUAGCUUACUUCGUGUGAUGAAGAGAGCUGUAUUCAUUACAAACACAGCCCUUGAUUAUAGAUUUAUACCAAGCUUAUAAUCAGAAAUGGAAACCACAGAUUAUUUAUUUCUUUCUAAAGACCCUUAAAACGUCAUACUAUUUGGGGUAUGUUAAUAUUUGCGGUGUUGAAGUGAGCAACAAAUUUAGAUCCACAGUGUAAGUUACGUGCUUUAAUGCUAAGGAAAUGAAAUAUGAUUUUGAACUGGAAAUCAAUUUUUAAAAAACCUGGAGCUGUAGCAUUGUGGCUUUUCUCCAUGGACGCAUGGUGGUCUCUUGAACAACGUUCCUCAGCUUUGACAGGACUUGAACUUGUGAUCUUCCUGCCUCAUCCUCCCUCUGUGUUGGGAUUAACAGUGAAACCUGUUCUUUGGGACAUCUACUAAAGCUCUGAGAAUGCCACUGUGCAGAACAUUCGUGAGGAAAAUGAUGCCUUAGGGUUGUUUGCACUGGGAAGUUUCCUUGGCUUACUACCAAAGGGAAGAUAAGGCAAAUUAUCCUGGCCAAGUCACUUAUUUCCCCGAGCUUAAAUUACCACACCUGAAAAAAUAAAAAGACGCUCUUCUCUCAGAAAGCUAGUGAGAAAUACCACAAGAUGUUCAACCCAGAGGGUCUCUCUCAUUGAGCUAAACCCCAACCUUCUCGCUAAGUUGCGGAGGCAGUCCUCAAACCUGCGAUCUGAUGCUCCUGCUUUACCCCUGUGGGCAGCUGAGUUAUAGGUAUUCUUUAGGUGAUGCUAGGAGGCCUCUUCAUGAAACAGCAGUUUUGGUAGAAGAUGUGGUACACACUCAAUUAACUAAUCUGUUACAGCAAGCUGCUGAAGUUUCUCAGCUGAGGGGAGCAAGAGUAAUAUCUGCUGAAGAUCUUCUGUUUUUGAUGCGCAAAGAUAAGAAAAAACUUAGAAGACUACUGAAAUACAUGUUCAUGCGAGACUACAAAUCAAAGAUUAUCAAAGGCAUAGAUGAGGAUGAGCUUCUAGAAGACAAAUUGAGUGGUGGCGGUGCAAAUAAAAGACAAAAAAUUGAUCAGGACUUUCUCAGCACUAUUGACCAAACAGGAGAACUUUUAGCAAUGCUUGAAGAUGACGAGGUUGAUGAAGUUAAACAAGAAAGAAUGGAGAGAGCAGAAAGACAGACUCGAAUUAUGGAUUCAGCUCAAUAUGCAGAAUUCUGUGAAAGUCGACAAUUAAGUUUCUCCAAAAAAGCUUCCAAGUUUCGAGACUGGUUGGACUGCAACAGCAUGGAGAUAAAACCCAACGUUGUUGCUAUGGAAAUUUUAGCAUAUUUAGCAUAUGAAACAGUGGCACAGUUAGUGGAUCUGGCUCUUCUUGUGAGGCAGGACAUGGUAACCAAAGCAGGGGACCCUUUCAGCCAUGCCAUUUCUGCAACCUUCAUUCAGUAUCACAGUUCUCCCGAGGGAUCUUGCAUGAAGUCCUCCUGCCCAGACUCCCCUGAGAACACCCCACCCCCAACCCCCACAGCUCCUCCAUCCGGAUCACAGCACCCAGGGAAGACCACGCCAGGGACCCUCGGAAAUGGGAGUGUUGGGCCAGACACUGCUAAAACCAAGCAAAGGAAAAGAAAAAAAGAGCACCGCGGCCUGUGGUGCGGAGGCUCACAGCGAUGCCAUCCAGCCCUGCCACAUCAGAGAGGCCAUCCGACGCCACGGCCACAAGAUUGGCCCCCUUUCCCCAUUCACAAGUGCCUACCGCAGGAAUGGGAUGACUUUUCUAGCCUGCUAAUGCAACUGUGUCUGCAACAACAGGAAAGGCAGUGUUACACUGAGGCUCAUCAGCAUGGAAUGCCAGUCUCAUCUCUCCCCCUUGCCAGAUUCUCUUCUCCUUCCAUGUUCCAGCAUGAUAGUUCAAGCUGCAUCUCCUUUGAGAAGUUUUCCCAAGUUUUCACAAGGUGCCUUAGGAUGCAAUCUCCUUAUCCCCUGAACCCUGCCAGCCCUGCUGAGCUCAUAAUCUUACAUGUACCUUGGGACACUCUCCAGCUCCUCAGUUCUUAUCUCAAUAUACCUAGUUCCAGGUAUACCAUAUAUAUGCCCACACACAUCACUUGGGUUCUCUGGGUCUCUGUUUCUGCUCUGAAAAGUGGGAGAAAUUACACUGCCUUUGCAGGAUGUUAUAGGGGCUAGAAAUAAAUCACUUAAUAGCCACUACUCAAAAAAAUGGUAGCUAUGAUCAUCAAAAGCCAAACAUCCCUUUUCUCUUGAAAUUCACUGUUCUUGUCUAUAGAAGAGGGAAGUCAGCUUGAGGAGAAGGUAUUCAAUCUUUGGCACACCAACCCCUAGGAUGUUUG